UUAAUAGGGUUCUCCGGUCGGCCCCGCCCUCGCCCUCGCCCUCUCUCUCUAUCUCCUUCUUCGCGUCUCGCUCUUCAGUCUUCACCACUCGCUCUUUAGUCUUCACCACUCGCUCUUCUUCUUCUUCUUCUUCUUCUUCUUCUUCUUCUUCUGACGGCGGGUGAAGCUCGGACGCCGGCCGACUGAAGCUCCGACGUUUCACACUUUCACUUAUCGGCUCUCUCUCUCUCAGACUCAAACUAACAACCUUUGCCCAGUGAUCUCCUUCGGCGUCUCUGAGUGAGGGUCUCCUUGCUUCUAGUCAACUCUGAUUCUGACAAAUGGAAAAGACAAGCAUACUUGUGGCAUGUGGCCUUACCAACAUGAAGCUAUUAUGAUUUACAAGCACUUGUCAUCAAGAGAUUAUACGGGUACAGUUGAUGCAGAAUCAAGAAUUUAUGUGAAUACGAAAGCCAGGGAAUAGAAAUCAGAGCAGUUAACAAAUCAAACCUCCUCCAAGUUUGGAAGUGUGAGAGAGUGGGAGACUUAGAGUGGAUCUUGAGAGGAAAAUCAAAUCAAAUUCAGAUUGAGAUGAGAUGAGCCAAUAACAGCCUAAUUGUCAAGCCACUAUUAUCAUGGCUGACGCUCAGCCUCAGCCUCAGCUCUCAUUUCCGGCUUCAGCCUCCAUGGCCUUCAUGCCCCAAACUCAAACUCAAACCCCGGUUUCUUCUUUCCCACUUCAGCCUCAAGCUCAAGCUCAAGCACACACUAACUAUGCGGAUCAAGCUUUGAUCCCUUUUCCUACUCCUCAACCUCCCGCUCCGGCUCCGGCGAGUUCUUCUCGCAAACCUGAACAUCUAAUGCACAAGAAUCGCCUCCAAGAAUGCACUCACAAGUUGAACAUACCAUUGCCCAUUUAUCAAACCAUUAAUGAAGGAUUUGAACAUGCCCCACAGUUUAGAGCAACUGUAUUAGUUGAUGGUGCCAAAUAUACUUCUCAAAAGACCUUUUCCACUCGUAAAGCUGCUGAACAAGACGUUGCCGAACUUGCGCUGAAGUAUAUAUCCCAGAAAAAGCCUGAUGAUGGAUUUCCACGGGGAUUUCCAGAUGCAUUGCCUCUUAUUCACAAGGACACAGUCUUUUGCAAGUCUAUCUUGAAUGAAUUUGCUACUAAGAUGAGUAUGGAAAUGCCUACUUACAACACCAUUAAACCCGAAGGAUUGCUUCCGGUGUUCAAUUCUUCUCUGGUUUUCAAUGGUGCUUCAUACACUGGUGGUGCCGGUAAAAAUAAGAAAGAGGCUGAACAAUUGGCGGCUCGUACCGUUAUUUUGUCACUUUUGGGUGAUUCUAGAAUGGGGAGAGUUCUUUAUGAUAUCAUUACAUCUAAAGUCAAGCUCUAUGCUGCGUUGCAUAAGGUUAGUAACCUUAGCACUAUUCCUUCAAUGGCAAACACGACGCAUUGUUCUGAGGGCGUGCCUGGUAAAGAUGUUGGAGCUGAAGCCAGUUUGGCUGCUAACAAUGCUCUAAUAGCUGCUAGUAGUCUCCCAACAGUUGUUGAUAAUGUUGUGGCUGGUGCCGUUCCCGAAUUUGGAAAUGGUGAAUUCCAGAUAGUUGGGCCACAACCUUCUUUUGGAGUAAACAAUCUACUUGUGCAAGCCACUCAAGCAACUGAAUUUCCAAUUGCUGCAACAAGUGUUGUUCCAGACUCUGGAAAUAGGCCGCCAAAGCAUGAAUUCAAGGCACAAGAGCCAGAACACUCUUUUGGAGCAAACAAUCAACCUGAGCUAGCCUCCCAAGCAACUAAAUUACCAAUUCAAUUUGUGCAUCCAACUUCUGCACUUUCUAUGGAAACUGGUCCAAGUUCAAAGAAGCGCCGUAAGAACAAGAAGAAGGCUAAUAAGAGAUUGUGCACUGGUGCUCAGUUGCCGAUUGCUCCCAUGCCUUUAAACCAAUCUCCGCCUUGUUCAGUGGCACAAUGACCGGAACCAGUGUGAACAUGUAUCAGUAGCAUUUGGCGCGGAUCAAACUUUUCAUUUGUUUCUGUUGUAUAAUAAACCUUGUUUUCUCGGCCCGGCUGUUGUAAUCUUAACUAUACCGGCUAUUGGAAUCUUAACUAUACCGGCUGUUUUGUCUUCCUUUUCAUCUAUUUUUGAACCGUUGUAGUUUUGUUGAGAUCAGACAUAAAUUUGGGACAGCUUUAUCUCCACCAUAAUGUACGUACUUAUUGCC